AUGGCGAUUGCUCACCACCUUCUUCCGCAUUACGUCAUUUGAGCGCGCCGGAAAUCCAGUUCAUUUUCUGAGAUUCCAAGUGGGAACAUGGCGGCUGGGAAUAAGGGUGUUCUCUCUUCUUUGGCGGUUUACGCGGAAGAUUCUGAGCCGGAAUCCGGUAGUGAGGCCGGUGGAGGGGGCAGCGAGCGAGCUGCAGGGACGGAAGAAAAAGGGGGACUUGUGUCUGAAGGCUAUGGAGAAGACGACUUCAGUAAAAUGGAAGGAGAGGAAGAUGGUUAUGAUGAAGAUGAUGAAAACAGCAGGCAGUCGGAAGAUGACGAUUCAGAGACUGAAAAACCUGAGGCUGAUGACUUAAAGGAUUUUCCAGAAUUGGAGAAGAGGGAUCCUCAGGAAUUAGUUGCUUCCUUCUCUGAACGAGUAAGAAACAUGUCACCUGAUGAGAUUAAAAUCCCCCCAGAACCUGCAGGCAGGUGUUCCAACCACUUACAGGACAAGAUACAAAAAUUAUAUGAGAGGAAGAUAAAAGAAGGCAUGGACAUGAAUUAUAUCAUUCAAAGGAAGAAGGAGUUCCGCAAUCCUAGCAUCUAUGAAAAGCUGAUACAGUUUUGUGCAAUUGACGAACUUGGCACAAAUUACCCAAAGGACAUGUUUGACCCCCAUGGUUGGUCUGAAGACUCAUAUUAUGAGGCAUUAGCUAAAGCACAGAAAAUUGAAAUGGACAAGCUGGAAAAGGCAAAGAAGGAGCGAACUAAGAUUGAGUUUGUAACAGGCACUAAGAAGGGGACGACAAAUGCUCCCUCUACAACCACCACAACAGCUAGCACAGCAGGCGGAGAUGCACAGAAGAGGAAGAGCAAGUGGGAUUCCGCCAUUCCUGUGACGACAAUAGCGCAGCCCACCAUUCUCACUACCACUGCAACACUGCCCGCGGUUGUAACUGUUACCACCAGCGCAAGUGGCUCCAAAACCACAGUGAUCUCUGCAGUUGGCACCAUAGUAAAAAAGGCAAAGCAAUGACAGGUGCCCUGAAGAGACCGACAAACACUCUUGUUCCGACUCUUCUGCCAAAAGCAUACCACCUUUGGUGGCCAAGGAAGGAAAAGCCCCUCCUUCUGGUGCAAAAUCCCCCCUGAAAACCCCUGGAAGUAUCUCUUUGAAAAUGGAGGCAAAAGGAGCACCUGUUGACUGUUCAUGUUCAUAGCAGAGUUCCAUAUAAGAAGAAGCUCUUGAUCUUCAUUCAUGGACUUGCAAUACAGUGUCUGUAUGUAAAAUGUCACUUGAUUAAUUGUUACAAGAGUUAUUAAGUUGGGAUCUUCAUCUCUGUGACAUGAGAGCUUUAAUGGAAAGUGACAAUGGACUGAAGUCAAUCCUGGACAAUUUGAUAUUGACUAAUUUUUUUACUCACUUUGCCUACUCCAUUCUAGAGAAUUACAGGCAAGACUGACAUUCAUUUUCUCCAUGGAAAAAUUAAGAGGCAUAAGGGUAAAUUAUAAGUAGAAAAAGCAUCAUGCAGCUCACACUGUAGUCCUGUAUGAGUUGUCUCUGUCUAGUUUCUGUUUCAGGGACUGAAGGUGUGAGUACAGCUGUGCUGCCAUUUCCACCAAAGUAAUGACAAAGAUGCUGUCAAUUUAAAUUUGUAUCAGUUUUCUUACCUGUAUAACAACAUCUUGAAAUAUAAAUAUAAAGUUUUGA